UCAUCGCUCCAUCCCGCGGACCAAUCAGCGAGGCCGCCUGCCACCUCCGACGUCAGUCGCCUCUCCCUCGUGGCCAAUCGGGUCGCUCGGUGUGAGCGUACUUCACCAGGCCGGACGGCUCGGCCGAAGGUAGACGGGACGUUCGGCUGAAAGUCUUCUCUCCUCACCUACACUCACCCUGCGUUGUCCACCAUGGAGGCCAACGGCACGUCCGACAUCCUGAGCUCCGCGUACCUGGCGGCGGAGUACGUGGAUGCAGUUUUGCCGGAGAACCCCUUCCAGCCCUCGCUGAAACACGCCUGGGACUACAUGCUGGACAACUACACCAAGUUCCAGAUCGCCACAUGGGGGUCGCUCAUCGUCCACGAGGUCAUCUACUUCCUGUUCUGCCUGCCCGGCUUCCUCUUCCAGUUCAUGCCCUUCAUGCAGAAAUACAAGAUCCAACCGGACAAGCCAGAGACCUGGGAGAAGCAGUGGACCUGUUUCAAGAUGCUGCUAUUCAACCAUUUCUGUAUCCAGCUGCCGUUGAUCUGUGGGACUUACUACUUCACGGAAUUCUUCAACAUCCCUUACGACUGGGACUCAAUGCCUCGCUGGCCGCUGGUCCUCGCUCAGUGCUUCGGCUGCGCCGUCGUCGAAGACACCUGGCACUACUUCCUCCACCGUCUGCUGCAUCACCGCAGGAUCUACAAAUACAUCCACAAGGUCCACCACGAGUUCACCGCUCCGUUCGGCAUGCAGGCGGAAUACGCUCAUCCCGCCGAGACCCUCAUCCUGGGAGCCGGUUUCUUCAUCGGCAUCAUGAUCUUCUGUAACCACGUGUUCUUCCUGUGGGCCUGGGUGUCCUUCCGUCUGCUGGAGACCAUCGACGUCCACAGCGGUUACGACGUCCCUCUGAACCCGCUGCACCUCAUCCCGUUCUACGGCGGCACGCGCUUCCACGACUUUCACCACAUGAACUUCGUGGGGAACUACGCCUCCACCUUCACCUGGUGGGACAAGCUGCUGAAGACGGACAACCAGUACAACAAGUACAUGGAGAAACAGGGAGAGAAGAAGGAGCAGUGAGCCCCCUCGUGGGCCUCUGUCCUCACGGCGGCCUGUUUCUGGGACGGACACACACACACACACACACACACAUACACACACACACACACACACACACACACACACACAGAGGUGUACGGAUUCCGAGUCAGUCCGUGUGCUGGCGUCAUUCUUCUGUGCCUUACUAUUUUUUGUCUGCUUCUGGUAACAGCUGCCGGCUGAAUAAAAAAAAAGAAAAAAAAAAGAAAA